AAUGUGGUGCUCUCUCCUGAGAUACUCGAGAGGAGUCCAACUUCAAUCCCAAGCACAGAUCAACGUUCUCGAGAAUUUCAGGCACGAUGGAGGUGUCACACUCCAUCCGAGAGCGUACGAUCGCUGAGAACAGUCUGGUGAUUCUACUGCAGGGACUUCACGGUGAGGUGACCACUGUUGAUCUGCGCGACGAAAGCACCGCUAGAGGCCGCGUGGUCAACGUUGAUGCCUUCAUGAAUGUGCGUCUUGAGGACGUGCUUUACCGCGACAGGAAUGGGCGGCUCUCUAAGAUGGCCGAUCUUUUUAUCACAGGCCGUAACGUGCGUUAUGUCCACAUUCCCGACCACAUGAACAUCACAGAGACUAUUCAGGCCCAGCUGGCGAAAAUUCAUCGCGUUCGUCAUUUCGGUGGAGGCCAGGGGGGCAGGAAAGAGUUUGUUAAAAAGAAAAAGUAA